AUGGCCUUUGGCUCUAAUUUAGACCUCAUUAGAAAUCCAGAAAGUAAACAUGUAGAGAUUGAUUUUGUGAAUAAUAAAGGUGGGAGACCUUUCAGCCAAAAUUCUAAGCUUGGUUCACAUCAAAUAAUCCAUUGUGGAGAGAAACCUUAUGAAUGUAAACAGUGUGGGAAGGCUUUCACACUGAGGACUGAUCUUGUCGUACAUCAGAGAAUCCACAUUGCAGAGAGAACUUAUGAAUGUAAAUUGUGUGGAAAGAUUUUCACUCGAAGUUCCAAUCUUGCUGCACAUCAGAGAAUUCACACUGGAGAGAAACCUUAUGAAUGUAAACAAUGUGGGAAGGCUUUCACAAGAAGGAGCAAACUUGUUUCACAUCAGAGAAUCCACAGUGGAGAGAAACCUUAUGAAUGUAAUCAGUGUGGAAAGGCUUUCACAGAGAGGUACAUUUUUUACAUACAUCAGAGAAUCCACACUGGAGAGAGACCUUAUAUAUGUAAACAAUGUGGAAAGGCUUUUACAACAAGAAGCCAUCUUUCCACACAUCAGAGAAUCCACACUAGAGAGAGAAUUUAUGAAUGUAAACAGUGUGGAGAGACUUUCACUCAAAAUUACAGUCUUACUGCACAUCAGAGAAUCCACACUAGAGAGAAACCUUAUGAAUGUAAACAAUGUGGAAAGGCCUUUACACGAAGUGACAAUCUUGCUACACAUCAGUCAGUCCACACUGGAGAGAGACCUUAUGAAUGUAAACAAUGUGGAAAGACUUUCACUCGAAGUUAUAGUCUUACUGCACAUCAGAGAAUCCACAUUGGAGAGAGAACUUAUGGAUGUAAACUAUGUGGAAAGACUUUCAUUCGAAGUUCCAAUCUUGCUGCACAUCAGAGAAUCCACACUGGAGAGAAACCUUAUGAAUGUAAACAAUGUGGGAAGGCCUUCACACGAAGAAGCAGACUUGUUUCACAUCAGAGAAUCCACACUGGAGAGAGACCUUUUGAAUGUAAACAGUGUGGAAAGGCUUUUACGAUAAGAAGCCAUCUUACCACACAUCAGAGAAUCCACACUGGAGAGAGACCUUAUGAAUGUAAACAGUGUGGAAAGACUUUCACUCAAAGUUACAAUCUUACUGCACAUCAGAGAAUCCACACUGGAGAAAAACCUUAUGAAUGUAAACAAUGUGGAAAGGCUUUCACUCGAAGUGGCCAUCUUGCUAUACAUCAGAGAAUCCACACUGGAGAGAAACCUUUUGAAUGUAAACAAUGGGGAAAGACUUUUAAAGUGAGGAACUCUCUUGCUGCACAUCAGAAUGCCGAUCUUGCUGCACAUCAGAGAAUCAACACUGGAGAGAAACUUCAUGAAUGUAAAUAGUGUGGAGGGGCGUUCACAGAGAGGAUUUAUCUGGCUAAAUAUUAAGAGUAUCCACAUUGGAGGGAAACUAUGGAUGUAAUGAAUUCAGAUUGACUUUCACAUGAAACUUCACAGUUGUUUCAUAUCCCAAAAUCUUCACUGGAGUGGAAAACUCAAGAGUAGGGAGGCUGAGCUUAUAGUUGACACUUUUAGAUUGUUUAACAUAAGAAGAUCCACACUAGAGAGAAACUUUGGGAAUAUGAUCAAUGUGGUAAGGCCUUCAGGAACAAUCAUCUCUUAUGUACAACCUAGAAUUCCUUUUGGAUGCAAAUCUUACUACUCUCAUGAAUGCGGAAAGACAUUGAAAUGAAGAAUUAAGAGCUUGUUCAGUAUGAGGAAAUGUCUUCUAAACAGACUAGUUCUAGAUGGAUUCCCUGUGGGAAAGCUUUCAGCCAGAGAUCUUCUCGUACUUCAUAUUAGUGGAUUUAUAGUGCAUAGAAACCUAAUGACUGUGCUCACGGUGUAUGUGUUUUCCUCAGGAGGAUGGUAAUCACUAUUAUUUAGAGAAAUACAAAUUAUAAUAAGUCUGAUGGAGCACCCCAAAUCUAUUAGAUUGACUCUUAUGCCAGAAAAAGAAAGUGACAAAAAUUGGAGAUGUCAGAAAAUUGAGAUCACUAAUGAAGUAAUAGGGGGAGUUGUGAACUGAUUCAUGCAAGAGCAUUUUUAAACUAUGUCCAAAGGGCAUUAGAUAAAGG